UUGAAUUCAAUUUUCAGUUCCAGCUGUGCCAGUGUCAUUUCCACCACCCUUGACAAUAAUUAGUAUAAGAACUCUUUUUUGUCGAUCUUAUAACAGCUCAAAGGGUUUAUGUGUAGGUGCGAGUUUGCAGCAAAUCACCUCGCGUCGCUUGCUCCAUGACUUCUGGGACAGCCUGUAUAAAAGCUCAUAGUUCUGGGAGACCAUGGAAGGAAACUGACUACUGGCACGUAACAAGUGGUACUUCAUUUCAGAAAUCCUCCCGGUAGUGACUAGGAUGAAACAUAUGAGUAUAACAAGAAGAAAUGCAAUAGCUGCGCAUAGGAAAAUCCCGCUUAACAGUAUCAUACUUCCACCCUUGUCACCUUCUUUUCCUGAAAGUGAGCCUCAACUCAUUGGAAAAGUAUUGGUGAACAAAUCAAAAUCAGGGACAGUGAGCAGCGAUAUCGUGAUGGCUCGCCCGAACCAAGAUACUCCCCAGCAGCGAAAUACCACCGAAAUCACCAAGAAUGACGCUGGUGAAGGUUCUAGAGUCGCACAGCUGGAACAGAACAUCAAAUUUUUGCAGGAACAGCACGCGUUAAUGUUGAACGGUCUUCAUAACGAAAUCGAAAGUCUCAAGAUUAGGAAUAGGGAGCUACAGUUCCAACUUAUAUUUGCAAAUAAAGGCUCAACACCUAUUAGUUCUCCAUCGUCGUCCUCAGAAGAUGACUCAAAACACAAGGUUUACUCUAGUCCACAACCCCUGAAUGAUACGCCACUGCAAGUGGAGAUAUUAGAAAAGGAAUUGGGAGAAUUGAAAAUUCAACUUCAGGAGGCGGAAAAGAGGAAUGUGUAUUUUUCAACGAUAGUCGAUGAACAGAAAAAAAAACUGGAAAGCUACGAAAGCACCAGCAGCAGAAACGCUGAAACCAGCCCAUCGGCUCAAGCCGACCCAGAUCUGGCCCGUCGGUUGGACGACGCCGAAGCCCUGAUCAGGAGGUUAAGAAGGGAGAACUCGGAUAUCAAGAGGGAGUACCACCAUUCUUAUAACAAUGGAAGGGAUAGAGGAGAGAACGGGUACCAGGGAGGCAGUAGAGGAUCUGGAAGGGGAAACAGAGGAGGGAAUGAAGGUCAAGAAAGGAGACAUAAAGGAGGAGGCGGGAACGGACAUUACAGAACCAAUUGGUUCCCGCCCCUCCACACCCAAAGCUAUUGGCAACACGGCGGCGGUCGUAGCAGCCGAUCGGUAAAUGACAAUGUAUGCAGAGCUACGAAUGUGGGCGUGGCCAACACCAAUCUAGGCGGUCCCGAAGAGGCAGUGGCGAUCACAGGGGCUGCGUUGCCAGCUCUUGGCGGAGGCGGCGACCGCAGAGCUUCCAACAACAAUCACCAUCAUCACAACAAUCACCAUCAACAGCAUCAUUAUAGCAACGGGGGCGGCAAGUACCACAGAGGCGGGGGCGGGCAAAAGAAGCAGACCUAAUGGUGGGCGGGGCGAGAUAGGCGACGUAGGAGGGGCAAUCUGGAGGAGCAGGAUGGUACGCAAAGUCCAGAUGCUCACCCUCAACACUGAGCAUAACAAAAAAACAUCACCGACAUCGCCAUCUCGCCAAUAUGUUGCUGUCAUCAAAGAUGUACGUAUAGUUAUUAUAUGCACAUAGGGCCCUAAAAUAGGUGGAAUGAACAUUUACCUACACUUCAUGAGCUUGAUGUUCAGCACACACUUAAGCACGGUAGUGGAGUGCACCGACAUUUCCUUUUCGGCCGCGCACGUUGAUGAGAUAAAUGAGUACCUCAUAAUGCCGCGAGCAUCAGUCAUCAUCCGGGAAAUGCCGUCUUAUACCGAAAUUACCACGGCGUCGCGAAAGCUUGUAGCAUGCUCUCCGAUGCCGAGAGUAUUGGAGGAUAUAUUCUGGGAUUCCGUGGCGAAAAGCGUCGUUAUGUUGCGGUAUCUUUCAGGGCUGCGUUCGUAAAUUGUUACAGAGUCUACUUUGUGCUACUCUGUGGCAAUUUUAACGUUCGUGAUCGUUUGGCGUACCUGUUUCAUGUCUUGCCGUGCCGUUAGGUCAGGUUUGCGAUCAUACCCGAUUCGCAUGGAUCUUCGUGACGGACUGAGGCCCGACGCCUAAAUAAGUACGCUUUAUCACAGCUGAAAUAAGGACGUGCCUUAUCCCUAUCGGUAUUUGCGCAUGCGUUGAUGUCAAAAUGAAGUCUGCAGUAAUAAGGUGGUUACUCUAUAUGCCUUUAUUGAGAGGGAUUCCAUUCCUUUCGAUGCUUUCCCCUGCCAUCCCCCGGUGUGCGCUUGCUGUUGCUUUUUAUCCUUUAUUGUGAAAACGUCUGAUUUCAUGUAUUUCCCAAAACAAAUUAUGCGGUUCUGCUUAUUUCAUCCUAUCCGAAAAAAUCGACAAAAUGUUCAGUCCACCUUGAAGUAAUUCAUUCCAAAAUUAACAUACUCGAAAUAUUAUUUUUCGUGAUAAAAUGUGUUUAGAGGUCUGUUAUAAUUACAAUUUACUUAUUAUAGAGGAUUGUAGUGAAAAAUUGGAAAAUUGAUAAUUUCUAAAAUAAAAAAUGAACUGUUAACUAAAAUGGCAGCUGCCGUUGGAAGUACCUAUCACAUGUAAUUUUUUUCCUGCUCGUCAUAACGAUUGUGCUCUAGAUUAGGCCAGUUUAUCGAUAUAUGGUAUUCAAUUAACUCUUGUUAGAUUUGGUAAUUUAAAUAAGUUGAGCUUCUUAAUAAAUCUUAACAUAAACACAUUUUUUAAUGAGAUAGAUACAUAGGAUUCCAAAACAUACGUGUGGUUUGAUUUUGUCAGGCAAUGGAGUCCUAUAAACAUGAAAACUACAGGGUAAGUUAUCCUGAGAUAGGUAUAUUUCAACUUUAAUGUUCUGCAUUUCUUAUUUUUCGUAUUUCUCCCAACCUGUAUGCCAAAAAUAAGUUUCGCGCCAAGAACGAAUAAUUUAUUGUCUAGCGAUUCAAAUUUUCUUUGUGGAGUGGAUAUUUCGGCUUUCUUUAGCACUUGUUAGGCUGUGAUUAUAAUAUUUAAUAACUGUUAUUGGAUCAAUUUUCAUUAUAGAAGUAAAUGGAGGGACACUCGCUGAAUAUUCAGUUUAAAGUUAUGUGUGAGGUCCAAUUGUAUUCAUCAAAGGUCGCGAAUAUACGGCUAAUAAAAUAUAUUCAUGGGCUUUGAGGUUUCCUGCAAUAACGGUAUCAUUAGAAAAAGAUAAGUUCUAACGGAUUGAGCUUGAACAUUCACUUUCUACAUUCCGUCUUGUAAAAGAUUUGAAAUGAUCUGAUUAUUGAGUGAAUAGUCGUUGAACAAAUAUUGGCGUGAUCUCUCGAAAUCUUUUUAGUACACUACAUAGCGGGUAUAAAAAGUAAAAGUGCUAUAUAAUAAAUAUUAUAACCAUAUAAACCAUAUUCCAAUGUUUGUUUUUUACAUAAAUAAUAUUACCAUUUGAAACCUUAUUACGGAAUAUACUCAUCUUUAACCAUUACUGGUGUCGAAAUAUAUAGAUAUUUAAUCGAAAAAGUAAUGUCAUAGUACGCCAAAUUUGUAGCUUUUCGCUUCAGUAUCGUUGUGAGCGUUUUAGGUAAAUGCUGGAAAAUAUUAACCCGACCACUGUUUUCAAUUUAAUUUAUUUUGUACUAUGACAUCAUGAUUUCAAGUAUCCUAUGCAACAAAAUUAAUGGAUAGUGUGGAGAUAGUUCCAGAAUAUCCAUAUGCGAUGAUUAGAGCAAAUAACGGUGGAACUAAGAAGGUGUUUUUCGAACUUUAAGGGCUAUUACCAUACCGUAAAGUGGGAGGACCAUAUGGAAGGCCACCAUAACAAAUAAACAGUUAUUAUUCCUUGAUUUACUGGACGAAUAAAACAAACAGAUUAUUUAAUUUCUCAUCGUCAGAAAAGUAAAUCUCAUAACAUGUGGCAAUAGUUUGAGCUAUGGCAACGCUGGCACCUAAAGACGGUGAUCAUCACAAAGUCCGUUUUCGCGGAGCCGGGGCUUACGAUUGAAUUGGAUUCUUCUGAAGGAAUAUGUUAAUCAUUGCCCAAACUUCACUGUAUUAUGAUACACUUUGGCAGGCAGAACAAGCACGAGAUAUAUAUUUUAUAUUUCUUCGGUCCAUCAUCGCAAAUUGAUAUUUGGGGUACCUGCAUGCUUUUGUUGAAUCGUAAAAUACUCUAGUUGGUUCAUUCGUAAGAUGUCUAUAUAUCUAUGCUAUUCUAUUACCUCUCAUAUGGUAUUUAUAAUUAUAUAUGUAGCUGUGAUGCACUCUCUUUGUGUUUGAUAUAUUUACAUUACUCAUUUCAUUUUUAUAUAAUACGUACUUUGUAACUGUAUUAAUAAUUAUUUAUUACUUUGACAUGAAUAAAAUUAUAUUUGAUUAGACCAA